AAGCCUUUUUUCACUGUUCCUUUUGAGUACAAAAAAGUGAAGGACAAAUAUAACUAAAACAAACUAUUUCUGUUUCUGUUAUGUUUUCUUUUGCUUCACAUUCAUCACUUUCAAUUCCUUUACUUACCCUUUUAAUUUCUUCAUUCAAUUCCUGUUCCAAGAUUGAAUCUUUAUUCACUUUCAACCUUGAUCUCUGAACAAUUUUUGUUCUUCUCUGAAGAUGGUUGUGGAGAAUCAAAGGGGUCAUUUGAGGGAUGAAGAUGGGGUCAUUGACCGUUUUCCUGUCGGUAUGCGUGUUCUUGCUGUUGAUGACAACCCUACUUGUCUUAUGGUUUUGGACAAACUCCUUCGUCAAUGCAAAUAUCAUGUUACUACUUCUACAAAUGCAAUUGAUGCGCUGAAGAUGUUGAGGAGAAACAAAAAUAACUUUGACUUGGUUAUUAGUGAUGUGGAUAUGCCUGACAUGGAUGGGUUUAAGCUUCUUGAGUUGGUGGGACUUGAAAUGGACUUACCUGUAAUCAUGUUGUCGGGACACAGUGACACAAAUAUGGUGUUCAAAGGGAUUACACACGGUGCAUGUGACUAUCUGCUGAAACCUGUUCGACUUGAAGAGCUCAAGAACAUAUGGCAACAUGUUGUUCGAAAGAAGAAAACCGGUUCCAAUUAUGAAAAUAAGGCUUCCGAUGAGGAUAGGGUUGCUAAUAUUUCGGGGGGAAAUAGUCAAAACAUAUUGGAAAACAAUGGUGAUCAGAAUAAAAGGAUCGGUAAAAUAAGGAAGGACCGAGAUGAGGAGGGAGAAGAAGACGAAGAAGGUGAAGAGGAAGGGGAAGGGAUUGGAGAUGAGGAUGACCCAUCCUCACAGAAGAAACCACGCGUGGUUUGGUCUAUUGAUCUACAUCAGAAAUUUGUCGGUGCUGUUAACCAUCUCGGCUUCGAAAAGGCUGUUCCGAAGAAAAUACUUGAUUUGAUGAAUGUUGAAGGGCUCACUAGGGAAAAUGUGGCAAGCCAUCUGCAGAAAUAUAGACUCUAUCUGAAAAAGGCAGCCCAUCAAGCUAACAUGGUUGCGGCAUUCGGUGGUGGUAACGAUUCAUAUCUUCGGAUGAGUGGAAUAGAUGGAUAUGCAGAUUUUUGCACAUCGGCUGGAUCUAGAAGGAUCUCGAGUACCACCUUGCCAUCAUCAUAUUCGUCCAGUGGACUUUUCGGUAGGCUGAAUUCUCCAGCCAGCUUUAACAUGAGAGGUAUUAGUCCUUCAACACUGAUUCGGCCUGUUCAGAGUCAAAACAUCGACAGCUCGUUGAGCAAACUCGGAAACCUCCAGUCAUCAUCCAUGGUAUUUCCCGCAAAUCAAAGCUCAAGCCUAUUGCACAGUAUUCCAACUGAGCUUAACCCAGUAGAUUCCACUGGAUUUGGAGUUGCAUCCCGAUUCCAGGAUAGUAGGGGUACUAACUGUUCUCUACAAGUCUCAAACCAUCAUUUAUUGUUCCAAGGAAAUUCACGACCGACACACAAUGCAGGGACAUAUAGAAAUCAGUCUUCUCUUGGUUCUGCAUCUUUGGGAAACACAAACAUCGGCAUUUGUAGUUCUUCUAAUCUGUUGGGUUAUAAUCAGUGUACUGAAAACUUCGAAAGUGAACCGUUGCCUAAUUUUCCUGCCAGUUCUUUGCCGGUAUGCGGGUCUUUCAAUACCGACCAAAUGCCUCCAACUAGCAUUACUGCUUUCAACCAAAUAUCUCCGAUAGAUAAUUGUCCCGUUAACUUUUCAUCUGGAGAAGCAAUCAAUGCUACUUUGAAGGAUGCGAGAGAUGUUUUGACGAGGUACCAAGAAGGCGGCUUUAUUCGGAAUACUAUGCAGCCUUCUGGUUAUGCCCCGCGACAAAGGUGGGAAGAACAUAAACUGGAUUACAGCGAAAACAUGAGCCGGCCCUUCAUAACGCAAGAGCAAAACGACAUGACAUUAAUGGAUGGAGAAAUGGGAUUUCACGAUGCUUACCCUAUUGGAUCAUGUAUUUGAACACUAAAAUCUUGAAACUUUCCCUGUGUAGUUUUUCUUCGGAUGUACUUAUUUUUAUGUUGAUUA